CAUUUAUUAACAUUUCUUCUGUGGAGCUCAUGAAAGUUGGGGAGUCGGUCAGAGAAGUGCGCAUUUUUCCCCCCCGGGAAGAAUCCAGAGCAAUCCUGCCUAUAAUGACUUUCUACCACACAUUUGGUGUGCCAUCCUCCGCUUUGAGCCUCUCCGGACCGCCGCUCAUCUACUUGUACGGCGGGGACUGCGGCCCCGCUGCCUUGAGCCUCAUGCCGGAGCGCCAGGACCCCCCACAAAAGCCACCCUACAGUUACAUCGCGCUCAUUGCUAUGGCCAUCAAGAGCGCACCGGAGCAACGCGCAACACUGAAUGGCAUCUACCAGUUCAUCAUGGACCGGUUCCCCUUUUACCUUGAUAACAAGCAGGGCUGGCAGAACUCCAUCCGCCACAACCUGUCCCUUAAUGACUGUUUCAUCAAGGUGCCCAGGGAGAAGGGGCGCCCCGGGAAAGGCAGCUACUGGACGCUGGACACCACGUGCUUGAAUAUGUUUGAGAAUGGCAACUACCGGCGGAGGAAGAGGAAGGCGAAGAGUCAGCUGGAUGCUGCACGACACAAACACAACAAAGACUCCAUAAGAGACCAUCUAUCUUCUCAGACACCCGGUGCGUCCUUGCUGGUAGAGAUGACACUGAGGCAGGACGCAAAGCGAACGGAGACACAGGCAGACUCAAAAUCGGUCCUGCUCGCCUUCAACCACUCUGAGCAGCAGCAGAAUCCACUUUCACACAAACAGAAAGUGUGCCGUGCAGUCAAACCCACCAGACGGAAGCUGGACCAGCACACACCUGAGCCGGCAUCGACGCAACGGACCAACAACGUGCACACGACAGGGGCCGCCCAGCUCUGCUCCCCCACUUCUCUUCUUCGGUCCGGUUCCAAAGCACAUAUUCCGAGAAGGGACAAAUGCAAAGGUUUCAGCAUCGAGAGCAUCCUAGCAAGAAGUGAAGACGACAAGAUCCCAAGCUGCAUCAAAAACCAGGAGCGUGUUGGUCCAAACAUGCUCAUGGACGCCACACAGCAUCACUUAUACCAAAUGGGAUUCCCCCUUGGCUCCUAUUUGUCCCUCGCGUCUCCUGACAAAGGUCUGCUUUCCAAAUGAGAACAAUUCAUUUCACAAGAGUUUUAACAUUAGGAUAGCGUGAGAAUUUAAAUGCAAACGCGCACUCACUUAUUUGAAAAUGCCUUCAUUCUGUUAUAUGACUCAGCUACAUGUUAAUUAGCAUCUGAUAUCCACUUCCUCUUUAAUUGUGCAAAGAACAGGUGGUGUGCAGUGUACAUAGUUCAUUCAAAUCAUUUGUGACGGGGCGCGUGUGGUCUUUUGCUAACAUCUAAAAUGAGUAUUCCAAUGUAUACCCAUCACAAUGUAAUCCAAAGCUAUUCCAUCGGCUGUGAAUUUCAUGUGUAAAAUAAAAGCAUUGGU